CGACCGGUGUUGUGUAUGAAUUGUUUAUCCUAUCAAUACCUUUCAAUUCGUACAACAUAAAGUGUCAAACCCAAACCAUAGUGUGUCACCGCAGUAAAAGACUUGUAAUAUUAGCGCCAUAUCAGCUACUAAAAAAAAUGAAUAUGAAACCAAAAUUUUUAAGCCCAGGCGAGAGUACUUGGAAAGAGGACAAAGCAGACGUAGAUGUGAAUUCGGGGACACAAUUCGUUUACAAUGCUCAUCGUUCGUUAGCUAUAGAUAUGCAACGUCAACGUUUACCAAUAUUCAAGAACAGACAUCACAUAAUAUAUUUACUAGAAAAGUAUCAAACACUGGUUCUAGUCGGUGAAACCGGUUGCGGUAAAAGCACCCAGGUACCUCAGUAUCUUUUGGAGGCCGGUUGGACUGGAGAUGGCAAAAUGAUUGGUAUCACGGAACCGAGGAGAGUAGCCGCCACCUCACUGGCCAAUCGUGUUGCUGACGAACAAAACUGCGUCCUCGGCACUGUCGUAGGAUAUUCGAUACGCUUUGACGAUUGCACCGGCGAAGAUACGAAAAUUAAGUUCAUGACCGAAGGUAUACUGCUUCGGGAAAUGAUGGGUGAUCCUUUACUGACCAAUUACUGUAUCCUUAUACUGGACGAAGUACACGAGCGAACCUUGCUCACCGACAUCGUGAUGGGAUUACUGAAGAAGAUAAUUCGGAAGCGACGAAGUUUAAAAGUAAUUGUGUCAUCGGCAACCGUCGAUGCUGAACAACUUCGUGAUUUCUUCAACACAAAUACUUCGAAGGACACUUCAAAGGACUCCGCGACAAUCAUCAGCGUUGAAGGUCGCCUCUAUCCGGUAGACACCUACUACGUCGAAGAACCAGUCGCCGAUUAUGUGAAAGCAGUCGUUGAUACGGCGUUGAAAAUUCACGUGCAUGAAGAACAGGGUGACAUCUUGGCAUUUCUCACCGGAAUGGAGGAAGUCGACAGGGCCGUUGAUCUGCUUAACGAGCAUGCGAAAUUGAUUAUAGAUGGCAAACAAAAAAUCUUACCACUUCCCAUGUAUGGCUCUCUUCCGAGCACGGAACAAUUGAAAGUAUUUUGGAACGCCCCAAAGGACACCCGAAAAAUUAUCAUCACGACGAAUAUAGCCGAAACUUCCAUCACGAUACCUGGCGUUGUUUACGGUAAAGUACCCCCUCUUCCUAUUUGUUUCUCAAGGUUAGGAUGUCGCAAGGCCAAGCAACAUGUCUAGUUGACUCUUUCUAACUUCCCGCUCCUUUGUUUUUCAAGCAAUAAGAGAACAAGAGACGUUAUUAUGAACACCCCGCAAAUGAAAAGUUACGUUUUCUCUAGAUCUCACGCGCUAGCAUGUAAAAUAUAGCAUUUCAAUUGCGCGCAUGCGUCAACUUUAUUUCAACGCACUGUUUGAAGAUAGAGCAAUUUA